GUACAGUAUAUAUAACUCAGUUGUUUAGCCUGACAGUGCAGUGAAUGAGAAGAGAGUGAGGGAGAAAGGGAGACAGACUUUCUCGCUGUGUAUGAAUCACAGAGAAAGCAGCAGAAAAUCAUAUCUUUUACAGGACUGGGUUUUUCUAUUGGAUUACAAACAAGAGAGAUUUUCACAGAACACACAUACAAGGGUAGAAAUGAAGCUUCUAGUGGCCAUAGCAGUGGUGCUCCUCCUGGUGGUGGCGGAGAAUAUGGCGGCCAGAGGCACAUCCAGGAGGACCAAGAGGGAGCUGAUGAGCCCGCUGCACAUGGGGGGAAUCAGGGACCCGUUUGGGUCGUACUGCGAGCGGAGAGGGGGCUGCUGCCCGGGCCGUGACGACCAGUGUACGGUGCCCUACCUGGACACCAUCUGUUACUGUGACCUGUUCUGUAACCGAACCAUCUCAGACUGCUGCCCUGACUUCUGGGGCCACUGUCUGGGCAUCUCACCCCCUUUCAUUGGCACCUGUGAAAGGAACAGCCACAAAUUCCUCUCAGGACAGACAUACAAAGAGAACUGCAACUUAUGUACGUGUGGAACAACUGGGCGUUGGGAGUGUGAGCAGCAUGCCUGUCUGAUAGAGAAUGACAUGAUCCAGGCUGUCAACAGAGGAAAUUAUGGCUGGCGGGCAGCAAACUACAGCCAGUUCUAUGGCAUGUCUCUGGACGAGGGCCUGAGGUAUCGCCUGGGGACACAGAGGCCCUCCAGGACCAUCAUGAGCAUGAACGAGAUGCAGCUGAAUAUGGACCCUCAGAAUGACCGUCUGCCUCAGUACUUCAACGCAGCAGAGAAGUGGCCUGGGAAGAUUCACGAACCUCUGGACCAGGGCAACUGCGCUGCCUCCUGGGCCUUCUCCACUGCAGCGGUGGCAUCUGAUCGAAUCUCCAUCCAGUCGAUGGGUCACAUGACCCCUCAACUGUCGCCCCAGAACCUAAUUUCCUGUGAUACACGCAACCAAGGGGGCUGUGCUGGAGGCCGUAUCGACGGAGCCUGGUGGUACAUGAGGCGCAUAGGUGUGGUGACAGAGGAGUGCUACCCGUUCUCUGCUCCCCAGCAGACACCAGCAGAGGUGGGCCGCUGUAUGAUGCAGAGUCGCUCUGUGGGCCGUGGAAAGAGACAGGCUACUGCACGCUGCCCCAGCACACACACCUACCACAAUGACAUCUACCAGUCUACACCUCCCUACAGGCUCUCAUCAAACGAGAAGGAGAUCAUGAAGGAGAUUAUGGAUAACGGCCCAGUGCAAGCCAUCCUGGAGGUCCAUGAGGACUUCUUCGUCUAUAAGAGUGGAAUCUACAAACACACAGACGUCAGCUUCACCAAACCACCACACUACCGCAAACACAACACACACUCCGUCAGAAUCACAGGGUGGGGAGAGGAGAGGAACUAUGAUGGGACAACAAAGAAGUUCUGGAUCGCUGCCAACUCGUGGGGGAAGAACUGGGGGGAGAACGGCUACUUCCGUAUCGCUCGCGGUGAGAACGAGUGUGAGAUUGAGGCGUUCGUGAUCGGUGCGUGGGGUAGGGUCACUAUGGAAGACAUGCAGAGCCACCAUCACCGCCGACUCAAGUAGAGACAUACACUCCAGGAACUCAGCACCCUCUUCCCCUACCCUGAGGGAGCAACUCAACUAGCCCCAGAGUGCCUACCCUUCAGCCCAUACCCUCUUCCCCUCCCUACCCUGGGUGAGCAACCCAACCAGCCCCUGAGGCCCUGCUCUUACUCCUUUACCCCCACACCAAAAUUUGGGGGAACAACUCAACCAGUUCCCACUCUGACCUUUGGGGGAACCAACAACAACUACCCCAACAACUUCAACUCUUAACCCCUUACCCCCUUGCACCCACCUCCCCUUACGGCAGCCUAGGGGUUUUGAUACCCCAACCGCCCCCCCAACCCAACUCAAGGUUGAUGGCACCAAAACAAGCUCCAGGCCUGCAGGCUGAGAGAGGCUUCUCCAUACAGCCUCCUCUGGCUUCAGGACACAGCAAUAAGCACCUCAGGACUCAUUAUUCCAAAGACCAUCCUUCCCAGACUCCUCGGCUUCAGCCUGGCAUAGACUGUCUACUUCCUACUUCUGUUCUUAAGUCUUCACUUCCACUGCUAUAAUGAUGAAAGAACUGUCUUGAUCUGAACUCUCGCACUCUCCUCUUUCUCAUUGUGUAGCUCUUCAUUUGGCUGCCAUGACAGGUGGCUAUCCAUCUGGCUGCCAUGACAGGUGGCUAUCCAUUUGGCUGCCAUGACAGGUGGCUAUCCAUUUGGCUGCCAUGACAGGUGGCUAUCCAUUUGGCUGCCAUGACAGGUGGCUAUCCAUUUGGCUGCCAUGACAGGUGGCUAUCCAUUUGGCUGCCAUGACAGGUGGCUAUCCAUUUGGCUGCCAUGACAGGUGGCUAUCCAUUUGGCUGCCAUGACAGGUGGCUAUCCAUUUGGCUGCCAUGACAGGUGGCUAUCCAUUUGGCUGCCAUGACAGGUGGCUAUCCAUUUGGCUGCCAUGACAGGUGGCUAUCCAUCUGGCUGCCAUGACAGGUGGCUAUCCAUCUGGCUGCCAUGACAGGUGGCUAUCCAUUUGGCUGCCAUGACAGGUGGCUAUCCAUUUGGCCAUGACAGGUGGCUAUCCAUCUGGCUGCCAUGACAGGUGGCUAUCCAUCUGGCUGCCAUGACAGGUGGCUAUCCAUUUGGCUGCCAUGACAGGUGGCUAUCCAUCUGGCUGCCAUGACAGGUGGCUAUCCAUCUGGCUGCCAUGACAGGUGGCUAUCCAUUUGGCUGUCAUGACAGGUGGCUAUCCAUUUGGCUGCCAUGACAGGUGGCUAUCCAUUUGGCUGCCAUGACAGGUGGCUAUCCAUUUGGCUGCCAUGACAGGUGGCUAUCUAUCUCUGGUCUUGGUUAACCCUCUCUCUGUGUUUCUCUGUUGUUGUGUAUUUUGAAAGCCAACCCCUUAGGGACAGAUUGGGAUGGGGAGAACCAGAGUGAUAGAGGGGUAGAUGAUACAGGCACCAGACUGGGCAGUUCCCACACCAAGAGACGAUAGAAACUAACAAUCUACUACAGUUUAGUUUAACGUUAUCACUAACUCUUAGUCUAGCUACUUACAUCGCUGAUUAAUGUAUUCCUAUUACUGUCAGCAGAUCUAGUGCAGUUGCAGUAGCCAUGCAUAUCUUCACAUGUUCCAAAAAUGCAGAAUCUUACACUGGAAAGGGUGUUGGGCUAGAGGUAGGUGCGGUUGAGGGUUUAGUGAGCUGUCCAUUUGACCAAUAAUUCAUUUAAUUAAUUCAUUUACCAAAGAUUGCUGUUUUCUUUUUAGGUUAAUUGCACAUUACAGUAUUGAGUUUAAGCAUGCUCUGGAAGUGAAACUCAAUGCCAAAUUUCUCUUGAGUUUCCAGUACCACAUAAUCUGUUUAUGGAAGAGAUGGUGUCAAUCUUCCAAUGAUAUCAAAUCAACUUCGAUCUCAUGACCAUGACAGCUCUUGACUGAAACCGACCAUUUUUUUUCAAUGGUAAACAGCCUGAGGAAACCAUCUAAGUUAUCCACUAUCUUUGAUGAUCCUUCAACGUGACAACUUUAUGGGUUAUCAAAUGCCUUAAUGAAAUAAGUGCAGUUUUUAUGGGAGCCUCUGGUUGAAAGAUUAGACCCAUUGUGUAUUAUAGUCUUAAUCUAUUUCAUUCUGUGUAUUUACAUUUGAGUCAUUUAGCAGAGGCUCUUAUCCAGAGCAACUUACAGGAACAAUUAGGAUGAAGUACCUUGCUCAAGGGCAAAACUUUCGUUGUGCCGGGGAUUCGAACCAGCAACCUUUCGUGUUACUGCCCAAUGCUCUUAACCACUAGGCUACCUGUACACAGUGUUAUGGUUAUGCUGAAAAUAUUCUUAUUGUUGCUGUUGUGUAUUAGUUGCUUUGAGAGAUGAUGUGAGAUGUCUCCCACACAAACUCCCCCCUCCCCUGACCAGUUGCUUUAAAGCAGGGGUGUCAAACCCAUUCCAUAAGAGGCCAUACUGUCUGCUGGUUUUUUAUUUCAAUAAAGACCUAGAUGACCAGUUGAGGGGAGUUCCUUACUAAUUAUUGAACUUAAUUCAUCACUCAAGUACAAGGGAGGAGCGAAAAACCCGCAGACAAUCAGCCCUCCGUGGAAUGAGUUUGGCACAUGUGCUUUAAAGGGUGCUCAGGAGGUGCAUAUUCUUUUGCAAAAACACACACAAAUCAAAAGGUGAGGAGGUCGCCGCACUCAGCUGCCAAAGUCUGUUCAGUGCUGUUUCAUUGUAGUUUUUUUGUCAGUUUGAUGGUAUAAGCUUAAUAUCUCAGACACAACAUGCCACUAACACUUCAGUAUUUAGCAAUAGGCAUGUGUCCUUUCAGAGACCACAUCAUAUACAGUCUCACUCCACAAUAAACUGCUUGGCUUCCCAGAAGUGAUGUAUUUUCAACUGUGACACCUUUCCAAAAUGGCUUCCAGUUGUCACAUUGUUACUGUAACUCAGCCAAGGCUCCUAUAAGCCUACACCAUUUCAUACAUUUCAAGUAGGCCUUUAGUUUUAAACCCCCAUUACAACCAUCACCUCUGAGAAAAGGACAGAGGCGCAAGAAAACAGACAUGUGUGGAUGGACAAGCAAUGUUCAAUGUGGAGGAAGGUUAGGCUAUAGGAGGUAGGGCAGACAUAGCCGCAUGUUGUGUGAACCAUGUGGUCUACAGAAUAUUUACUUUCACUUCAAACGGAGCGAGAGAGGAUGAGUACGAUCAAAUGUGGGGAUGGUGAGGUGCAUCAUGGGUUCACGAGGCAUGACAGUGCAGAAAGAAUGGAGAACAGAAGGGAGGGGGGGACUGGGGAAGGGAGUCAACAGAGCUGAAAACGGAUACGAUGACAUUGUGUUGUUUAGAAAAGACUGCGAUACAGUUAAGCCAGUAUCGCUGAAGCGUUAUAGAACGCUCAAUUUCCUGCAAUAUGUAUUGAAUAGAGCCCUCAGUUGUGUUUUCACUUGACUUUUAAUCCUUUAUAGGUUCUAACCCCUGAUGCUUCAAUAGUCACAUGAUGGACGGACUCAUGCCAAACAUAGCCACAGUUCACAGGAGGUUGGUGGCAACUUAGUUGGGGAGUACGGGCUUGUGGUAAUGACUGAAGCGGAAUCAGUGGAACGUUAUCAAAUGCACACUAAACCAAGUGUUUGAUGCCAUUCCAUGUGCGCCAUUCCUGACAUUAUUAUGAGCCGUUCUCCCCUCAGUAGCCUCCACUGCCAUAGCUAUGCAACAAAUCAACAAAUGAAAGCUGAUGUGCAACAUCAUUUAGUUUUUUGGUAGACAUUACAUAAUUUUAUUGCAUUCAUAAAAUGUCACGCUUUUUGGUUUAAUAAAAACAAAUCAGUUGUGAAAAAUUGUGAGUUCUAAAAGCAAUAUGAAAGGAAUCUGCUAAUGCGUUGCUAGGCAAUAAAGAAGGCUACAUGUCAUUGUGUCAUUUCUUACAUUUUGCAAAAUAUUAACAAGUAGAAUUGGGAGGUGUUUCCGCAUGAUUAAUUUAUUCUAGAUUUUACAUUACCGUUAUAAGCUACCAUAACUGUUCAUAGACCUAGUAGUUUAUUGGUGCAAGUCAAAUCAGUUUUAUCCUUUAAAAUAAUGUUAUAGUACUAUCCCAUUAGUCUAUGAGAUACAGCCCCUAGCCAAUGAAAAACCCCAGGGCUCUGUCCCAAAUGAAAAACUAUUCCAUAUACAGUAGUGCACUACUUUGACCAGUGCCCUGGGACACAGCUAGGCCUACUGUAUAAGGUUAUUGUCAAUAUGUUGGCUAACCAGAUGGAUCCUCAUUCCCAUGCAGUCAUCCAGAUAGUUAUGUCCUUAUAGGGAUAAACCAGUGAUAGACAGAUAAGCCUGUCUGGAUCAAUGGGACGAGAUGAGAAGGCAAUUGGAUCCAAGUCAUGCGGAGGAAAGGAAUUGGCCCAAAGCUGGAUCCAAGUUGGUCUGACUGUUCGUUUUAAGUUUGAGUGAAUCAUGAGUGUAAUUCACUGGGUUCCAUCUUUAGUCUGCCUAUUCAAGGUGCCCAGAUCUGUAGAAGACACUCUCUCGAGUCGACUAACAAUGAGAUCUUUGUCAGUCUUAAAAAACUAUUUGGAUGGUAUUCAGGGGUUAAAGUUACUCUGACAUUAAAGAGCCACUCACUCAACCAAACAUGUAUCUUAUACUAUAGGACUCCUUCAAAACCACAGAACCCCAGUCAGAAGUUGUGUAUUCAAAGUCAAAGACCCACUUCAUAUUCAUUGAUACAUAUUUACUUUAUUUAUGACAAGAUGUAUAAAUGAUAUAUUUUAUUUUCUGUGCAAUGUUUAUUAUUACGAUCUGUCUCUUGUAUUGUGUGCACUAAAUGAAACCCCCCUAUAGUUUUUACCUGUGUGGCACAAUAAACUCUCUUAAAACAAC